UCUGGAUCCUGCAAAACGACGGACAGGAAGCCAAGCGGGUCCGCCAUGCUCAACUGUGGGGCGCUACCUGACAGUGGGAUUAGGAAUAGGGAGAAUUUGACAGCUCCCUCCCCAUUCCCUUGAAGGACCAAAAUGAGGAGAUCGCCAAUGAGACAUGGAUCUGAUAGAUGAGAUCUGUCACAUCCUGAACUUCUCUCUCCCUUUUCGUCUAUCUGAAUCUCCCAAACUCGUUUGAACUCCACCUAAUCACUGUGUGCCUCGGUCCAAUCACCCUGAUGCGCAUCUUACUUCAGCCUGUGGUCUUGCGCGGUGGUCCUGUCUAACCCCACGAUCUCAUGCCUCGCGAUUGGGACAGGGAUACUACUACUAUUCAUAGUCCAAUCCAAAGCCAGCAGCAGCAGCAGCAGCAUCAUUCUUCUCCGGCCAAAAUGUACAGCGACACACACCCAAGUGGUGUUCCCCACACCGGGAGUCAUGGCUCGUAUGGCAUGGCUGGCAAUGUCUCCGUGCCGGAGAGCCUCGCCCUGCCCCCGAGUCCUUCCCCAGCGGCCUCUCCCACCGCCGCAAACCAUCCCGCACAUGAUCCACCAUGGUCGCAAAGGGUGCUGAACGACAUGGGCGACAUGCUCCUGCUACUCACGCGCGACGGUCGGGUUCUAUACGCCUCCCCCUCAUCCAUUGACGUCGCCGGAUGUGAGCCCUCCCGGCUACAAGGCAGCCCGCUGUCGCACUUCAUUCACGACGACGACGGCGCAAUGUUCGCCCGCGAGCUCCAACACUGCAUUGCGGAGUCUCGUCCCUUCCACUGCUAUUUCCGCUUUCAUCGGGCGGACAACAAGCCCUGUGUCGUCGAGGGCUGCGGGCAUCCACAUCUGAGCCACCCCGUGGACUCCCGCUCCCAACCGGAGACCUGCAAUGGUGUCUUUAUAAUAUGUCGACCCUACCCCACGCGCAGCACACAGCUCCUCGACGCAUUCCUCGAACACAAGAUUGAGAAUAUCCGCUUGCAACAGCGUGUCGCGCAGCUCAAGCAGGAAGAAGAGGAGGACUUGCGCACGGCACAGCAGCAACAACAGCAACAGCUGUGGUCCUCCAGCAACGACACCAGUAGCAGUCCGCAUCCACAACCUUCCACACAGUUACCAGCCCCCCAACCCCACGCAAGAAGAACAUCCCUUCGCAAUUCCGGCUGGGAAGCGAUGGGAUCCAACUCCAACGAUGAGUCCGAAUCAUCAGACACACAAGCAAGCGCAGACGAUGACGAUGACGACGAUGACGACGAUGAUGACGACGACGACGACGACGACGAUGACACCGACCAACGCACGUUGCUGUCGCAGGCCGCAGCGCGCAAGAAGCACGCCGAGAACAUGGCGCAUAUCGACGGCGUGGAGGUCAUGACGGGUCUGUACUACCGAAACGGGAAGUGGUCGCAGGGUCUGAGUACGGGAUUGCACAGCGGACGACUCGUGCAGGACGAUUUGGACCCUGACCGACGGAAGCGCUCCAAGGGCGAGUACAUGUGCACUGAUUGCGGCACCUCUGACUCGCCGGAGUGGCGGAGGGGACCCUCGGGUCCGAAGACGCUGUGUAAUGCAUGCGGGUUACGCUGGGCAAAAAGGGAAAAAAGACGACAAGACAGCUAACCUUUACCAUCCUCUCUGAUGCACAUGUAUAUGUAUAUGUAUAUGUAUAUCCACACCACUCUUCAAUCCCGCUCCGGUCCACUAACCAUGACGGAUUCUCAAUCUGCCUCUUUCCUGCAUUCCACGGUAUUCCGUUUCCAUACUUAAUACCUUUUGCUUGUUGUUCUUGUGUGUCUGUCUAUCCGUCUCUCUGUGUCUGCUUGAUUAGUUAUUCAGCCUUUCUUGCCUUCUUCGACUGUCUUAUAUAUCAUAUCAUAGGGUUCUUGGAUUGUAAUUUUUUUUACUUUUCCUACUUCUCCUUCUUGUCCUUCCCCUUCUUCUUCUUUGUUGUCACCUUCCUCUUCUCUUUUUUUUUUUUUUUUUU